AUGGCAACGAUGAACAGGAUUAGUAGAAUCGCCGCCAUCACACGUGCAGUCGAAGGCUUCGUCACCGGCAAGCCCACUCCGCAGCGGCAUGUCCAGGUGGCUCUAUACAGUGUCAGCAGCAAUUUUAAUUCAUCUCCCAAGUCUCAUUGGUUCUCGUCUGAUAGGCUCACCGAUCACUUAGGGCACUCGAAUUGCGCCGCCGCUCAUGGAAUGGCCGGAACCAUGUUAUUCUCAGUCGCCGCCGCUCAAGAAGUCCACGCGAAAGAACCGCGGCAGUCUAAGGAGUUUAUGCCUAACGAGGUCGUUCUUUAUCAGUACGAAGCUUGCCCCUUCUGUAACAAGGUUAAAGCAUUCCUGGAUUACUAUGAUGUUCCCUACAAAGUGGUGGAGGUCAACCCCAUCAACAAAAAGGAAAUCAAGUGGUCGGAUUACAAGAAG